GGUUGGGCAAGCUCCAAGUCUACGGUAUUGAGCUAUUUCACCGCCAAGGAUUGGGAGAUCAUGGGCAACCCUGACACUGCCUUCAACGACCAGGCUAAGAUCAUGUGCGCGGUCAGCAGGCUUGUCCGUGGAGGCAUGUUGAAGCCCUCUCCCCCAGUGUGCGCCGACGUUAUCGCUGCGUUGGCCGCCGCUACGUGGACGGGCUCAGUGGACGAAGUGUUGCUCUACAACGAGGUGCACAAUCUAUCUCAAACCUUCGCGAGUUGGGAAACCGACCCCAGUGCCAACGACCUGCCCAUUGUCAGGAAGUGGCCUGACUCGCCACAUGACUUGCCGCCAGAGGUGGCACGCGCAAUGUACCCCGACCCCGCCGAUCAACCAGUGGUUGUAGCGAUCCAGAUGUUCACCAAGGUGAGGAAGGUAACUAGCUGCAGGAACACCAAGGCUGUCAUUCGGGACAAGGUCAAGCCUAAGUCUCAGAGUAGCGCCCUUGUCGUUGCACAUCCUCAGCCAGUUCAGCCUAGUGCAGGAGUUAACUCUACGAGUUUUGCCGCCAACAUCGGUGCCCUCCUUGAGUCGGCCCAGACGAUUGGACUCAACCCUACCCAGAUCGCCCAGAUGGGAGCGCAGCUCUUCAUGCAAGCUGCGUUGCAGAAUCUUGACCUACUCGGCAGCAAGGCCAAGACGGCAGAUGACGAUGCAAAGAAGAUGGUCGAAUCGAUGGAGGCAGAACACCAAGCUCUCUUUGCCAAAGCGAAGGAGGCGGCCGCUACAGAGAAGGCCAUUGGAGCUGCUGCAGAAGCAGCUGCUGUCGCCACUGGCAAGAGAGGCAAGACACGCAAGGUCAUCACGUGCAAUUCUACUGUGGUAAUGAAACGGCCCGCUGCAAAGAUGUCUGCUGCUGGUGCAGCAGCUCGCCCGUCGAUGCCAGAUACAGGCAGCGUAUUGCACUUGGGCGGUCGCAUCCUGAUCGCGCCGACCAGGAAGGCGUGGAGGGUGUGGCCGAAUAAGGACCGUGUGACGAUCGAGAGGCAGGUCGCAUUCGGCACGUGCAUGGAGACAUCAUUCGGUUUGGCGUGUGGCCUCACCGAUGCGUAUUGGAAG